AUGAGAGAUGUUAUUCAUAAAAUUAAAGAGAUUCAAACAGGACUUGCUCCAAUUUUUACAGAAGAGUCUGUGUUUGUGUUUUGUUUAAAUAAUUAUUACUUAGAAAAUUAA